UUUGCGUUUCUCUCUUGCAGAAUUUCACCAAGUUACUAGUUUGUGUUGCUCUCCUCUGCCGCCUGUCGACGAACUUGCUGCAGCAACGACGCAUGCGAAUGGUGAUGCUCCUUAUUGGUAUAAACUAAUUGGUCCGAAGCUGGGCUCUGCUACGGUUAAGGAGAUUGUUGGUUGGUUAAAUGUUGAACCAGAUAUGCCUAUCUAGCGUAGGUUUAGACUUGCUCUUAUUGUUAUUAUUGAAGGCAUACUUUUGUGCAAGACCCAACCUGUUAGACCUUCAGUUGAAGUUGUAGAGAUGGUGAAGAAUGUUGACUUCUUCUUAAAAUAUCCAUGGGGCCGCCACUCGUUCCAAAGGCUUCUGCGGAUGGUGAAAGUUGGGGCAAAAAUUGAGACCAAGGCCGACCUGAUAAACAAGCUUAAGCAAUCAACCAUGGCUGUUCAUGGUUUCCCUCUUGCUAUCCAGUUGUUUGCAUUUCGAUCCAUCCCGUUGCUCCUUCAAUACCUCCCUCAUGUUGAAGAUCAGUCAACUUUCCUUCACCAAACCUUAACGCAUCUUCCCAAGUGCAAGUCAUUUCAUUACUCAAACAUUCUGUCUGUUGAAAAUGAUCCAUCUUUGCUGGUUUUGUACCCACACCCGGAUGGCCCUCCAUUUUGUUCCUCAGAAUCAGAAGAUGAGAAAGUCGGCAAUCUUGAAAGGCUUAUUUUUGCAGGUUUUUCGUUUAGUAAAACCUUUUGGUGUAGUGGUGAUGGCUCCUUACCUUCAUUGUACACUUCCCGCAAACGGAAACAAAGAACUACAACUAGUGGCACCUCUGAUUCUGAAUCUUCUAAAAUGCCACCACAGAGGAAGUGUUCAAAGCCCAAGUUUAUCAAAACUGCAGAAGAUGUGAACACUCUUCUGGAAAAAAAAACUAAAAGGUUUUAAAGCGUCUUUGCUCGCUGACUUUCGUGGAAUGAUGCGAGCAAAUGCAUCUACACCUGUUGUUC